AUGGGAAAAGUUCACGGAUCCCUCGCCCGUGCCGGCAAGGUCAAGUCUCAGACCCCCAAGGUCGAAAAGCAGGAGAAGAAGAAGAUCCCGAAGGGCCGUGCAAAGAAGCGGAUGCUCUACAACCGUCGCUUCGUGAACGUUACCCUUCUCCCCAACGGCAAGCGGCGAAUGAACGCCAACCCCGAGAAGUGA